AUGGCAGAGGGAGGCUGCACGAAAACAGAGGAGGAGGAGGAACAGAGCACCGAGGAAGACUCACAGUCCUACCAUGGCACUGGUAUAUGCAAGUGGUUCAAUGUGCGGAUGGGGUUUGGGUUCCUCUCCAUGAACACCCGGGAGGGCGAGCCUCUGGAUGCUCCCGUCGAUGUGUUUGUCCAUCAGAGUAAGCUGCACAUGGAGGGUUUUCGGAGUCUGAAGGAAGGCGAAGCUGUAGAGUUCACCUUCAAGAAGUCCUCCAAGGGUCUGGAAUCUGUGCGAGUGACGGGGCCUGGAGGAGUCCAGUGUGUGGGCAGCGAGAAGAGACCUAAAGGCAAAAGCACCCAAAAAAGGCGCUCUAAAGGAGACAGGUGUUACAAUUGCGGAGGCUUGGAUCACCAUGCAAAAGAGUGCAAGUUGCCUCCUCAGCCGAAAAAGUGCCAUUUCUGCCAGAGCGUUGCACACAUGGUUGCCAACUGCCCAAUCAAAGCACAGCAGUCUUCAUCCGGCUCUCAGGGAAAGCCUUCACCUCUGAAGGGGGAAGAAGAAGAUCAGAGCCAUUUCCCCGUACCCAGCGAAACCACCGACUGA